AGCCUCACAACAUCCGGGCCCCGGCGCCCCGCACAGUUGCUAUGGAGAAGCGCUGCGUCCGCUAGAAGGCGUUGGCGGUUUUCCCGGGAAAACACCUCCCCGGGUGAGACUGAUUAUUUGCGUUGAUCCAGCCAGCCCUUCAUCUUCUCUUUGCUGCCUAAAUUGGAUGCAGUUUAAAAGGCCGUUUUAAAAGCGUCCUUGGGCGCUCGGCGGACUUCGUGAAGUCUGCUGCACUGAAAGGCUGCGUUUGCCGAAAGAAUUAACAAAGUACCAGAAUGACAGACUACAAUUAUAAUAAGAAAAAAACUUCAUCUACAAAUUCAGACACAGAAGUGAAACCUGAACAACUGCCUCCUUGUGUAAACCCUGGCAAUCCUGUGUUUUCAUGUAUGUUGGACCCAAAGACACUCCAUACAGCAACCUCACUAUCAAAACCUCAGAUGAUUAUGUAUAAAACCAAUUCAAGUCAUUAUGGUGAAUUUUUACCUAUGCCACAGUUUUUUCCCUGCAAUUAUACUCCAAAGGAGCAAGCAUUUUCAGACCACAUCAGAGCUACUGGAUUUUAUCAAAAUAACACUCUAAAUACUACAUCUGACAGAACCAGAACUAUUGAUUUUCCUAAUUUUCAACAUACUCUCUAAAAAUAUAUUUCUUUAUAUAUUUAAGAUAAAAUAUACAUAGCAAAAAUGACUUUUAAAUCAAAGACUAUAAUAUCUAAUAUAGAAUAUAAAAAGAUUUGAAUCCUUUUUAAAAAUACCUUGAAGAAAUAAAGCAUUUUAACUGAUAACUGAAUUACAGUGACUUUUAAAUAAAAAUGUGUUCAAAAUGACAAAAUAAAGACUAGAAAGUGUUUUAGU